UUUUUUGAAAAACGGCGCGUCGCCAGCAUGGGUGCUGACAAUAGUGGCGAAGCAGAGCAGGGAGAGCCUUUGCGACAGGUUAGAAGCGAUCAAACUGGUUUUGCAGGAUCACGUUCUUCGGCGAAAAAACAAUUCAAGAACUACCGCAGCGAACUUCCACGUAAGCGAUGACGAGACGGUGCUGCGACAGCCACUGAUGUCUUGCAUAAGAAGUCUUGCCACGACAAACUCUAACUCGAGUGCUGGCAUCAAUCAUGCAACUACGCGAAACGGCAGCGCAUUGAAAAUAGCGCUGGAGAUAUUACAGAUUAUCAAGAAGAAAAACGCAGCCCCAGCGGAUGAGCAUCAAGAUGCGAACGAGGACGAGCAGUCCGCGGACUACAGCGAUGAAGAGGAUGCUACGGAGCACGCUAGCGGUCGGGAAGUAGUAGAAGGUGAUUGCCUACCCCUACCAGAAGACGAACUUGAUUUCACACACCAGAACCAGCAUCUGAUUACCCUCGAGAUGGCCGAAGAAAUCAUCCGCUUCUGCUCGAAACUGCAGGACAUGGACGUUAGAGAAAGGCCGCCAAGAGGAGCACAGGUGGGCACGCUGGACGAGAAUGGACUUCCGGAUGAGGAAGACACGGAUGAACGCUUGCCCAAAUCGCGAUUGCAGGAACACAUCGCUUUAGUUCAGGCCCUCUCUGCGCAGGCGAUCCAGCUGUACAGCGAGGCAGUGGCCCAGGUUGCGUGGCGUCGGCGUCAGUGCUUCCUUUCGAUCAGCUCCGUCCUGAUUCCUUUUCUGUGUCGUCCGCAUGUGCAACCUCUUUCACUGCACCAACUGAAACGCAGCAGGGAAGAUGAUCUAGACAACACAACAAGCAACUGUCGGGCUACCCUCCGUGCGGUCUUCGCAGAGCUUUUUCACCACGAGCACCUCCACGUGGGGUUUGGCUUUUUGCGCAGUGCCAAACGGGCAAAGCUCGAGGGAAAAACCACCCGACAGGAGUACAAAUGUUAUCAGCGAACGCUUUUCGAGAAAAUUCGGGAGCAUUGCGCAGCAUCGGCAAUGGCGCGGAAAGACGAGCGGCCCCAUAAAGCGACAACAAAUGUUUUUACUCUGCUGCCCUUUCUCUACCAUGUCUGCUGCGACGCUGCAGAUCGCGUUGUCGAUAACUCCGCUGGCCCAUCAUCAACCGUUGCAACUGAGAAUGGCACCGCGGGAGAACAACAUUCUGGCUCCUCACUUCCUUCGGAGACGGUUGCGGGAUCUUCUCUGACCGCGCAAUCGAACAAGCGCAGCCGCGGGCAACACAGCAGCUCUUCGGAACAGGGGUCCCAUAAUCCCAAAUUUGUCGUCUUGGAGGAACUGCACGAGGUUCUGGUUGACGCGAUUAAACAAACCCGAGAUGCGGACAAAAUCGAGCAGGUUCUUCACUGUCUCGGGGACUUGUGGCAUUUGGCCCACACGCGCGGUGGAUAUCGCAUGUCGCAGGAAGAAGCCGAGCCGCUGAGCCAACUCCGCGACCUCGCGCUCGAUCACUUGCGCACGGCGCCGGCUGCCGCCUGGCGUGCGCUUUCCGUCGUCCUGUCGAUCGACAGUACCGCUGUGGAUGUGGCGAAAUACGACCUGUGGGAAAAGCUGUUUGCCUCCCCCGAACAUGAUCAGGACUGUGCCCUCCGCUUCGCCGGGGUUUUGUUCGCAACCAAUCGGGACCUGUCAGAGACAAAGGACCUGCUCAAAUCUUUGGUGGACUUUCUUAUGCGGAAAGCAACUGAGGAGGUCCCGGACGAGAGAAACCAGCAAGGAACUGCAACCCUGCUUGAAAUGCUGCAGCUGGCCAGCCGCCGUCCUUUUUCUCAAAAGGAUGCUCGUCACGGCGAUUUCGUGCGAAAGUUUUCUCUCUUGUUGCAGCAGUCAGUCACCUCGCUGUCCACAGCGCAGCUGCAGCCUUUUUUCCAAGCGGUGCUUGUCGACUCAACCUUGGCGACGUCCGCACCCUCGGAGUUGUCUUCAGCAGUAGCAGGCAAGGUGGUCGAAGAUCCGAAAGCAAGUAGUUCCUUUGGUUCCGCUAUAAUUGCAGUUGUGCUGCAAGCCAUCCUGAGUGCUCGUUUGAAUUUGACGGAGCAGAGUGCGGCCCCGUGCCUGAAGUUGUUGAAACCAAUUCUUCAAAGAUUCGUAACCGGCGAGGAGAACAGUGGGAGCAAGCGCAAAAAAGAAAAGAAGAGCAAAAAGAAACAGAAAAACCACGAAGAAGACACGGACAUAAAGGCUUUUGACAAAGUUUUUUCGAAUUAUCCGUGCGUGCUGGAGGCGUUUUGCAAUUUGCUGCGUGCCUGUGGGAAGUGGGGUCCGGUAGACGAAAGCCUGGAUGAACUGAUUGCCGCAGCGGAAAAGAAAGUAGACAGCGCCAAAAGAUCUCCUGAGAUGCUGGGGAAUUCCACCGAACUACUUGCAGGGGGAGAGCAGACGAGCAAAAUAACGGGCGAAGAUCUUCAUCUCGCCGUCGGAGUAACCUCAAGACCUGAAGACAUACUCUUCCUGAACAACAUCGAAGCUGGCAAAGACGUUGGACCGGAAGACCUGGCUCGACUUCUGUCAAAGAUUCCCGAAUGGCAAUAUCCAGACCUUUCAGAGACACUGUAUCCGCACAUCGGUGCAGCCAUUCUCGGGAAGGAUAAACAAGUCUCAGACGGGAUCGAAAUCUUUUCCGAGAAGAACAGCAGUUUACCUGCGAAGAUUUCGUCCGGAGAACAACAGCCACGUUCCUCGCCGGAGAUUCCGAAGGCUUGGGAGGCGAUUUUGCUUCAACUAAAACGCCGCGCCGACCUUGCACCGCUUGCAGCGAAAUUUCUUCCGAAAGCGGGCGGCGCUUUGGUCGUAGACUUGGACUUUCAGCGGUUCGGUUUUAGCGCGAUCCUGGAACUUGUUGUGGCCGUCCUUCAGCGGAGCACGGACCAUGGAUGUGGUCUGCUAGCAACCUAUUCGGAGUACCGGCUCAGCCCAGCUGUCUUCGACGCUGCGAAAACAGACAACGCAAUGUAUGCAUUCUUGGAGCUCCUUGCGCCUGUGCUUCUUCAGGAGGACGAAACGAGAGAGGGAGUAGCGGCAACACGGACCGACGCUGCUGCAGGAAAUGCGCAAGAUGAAGUUGAAGAAAUGGGUUCGCAAGAAACGAGGAAAAUCCAGAUCCAGAUUCUGGGAAACAAAAGCGGCACUGACGGCGCAACACCCAAGCAACAAACUACAGAACCAGGCGAGAGUCGGCUGGAGCUGCGCAGGCUAUACCACACCCUCCCCCCGUCUCUGAAGUUGCUGAAGACGCUCGGCGUUCUCGACCGGUGUCAGAUCGAACGCCUCAGCACUGCGGAGCUGUUGGAAAUACGUUCCAAGUACUCUCUGGACACCAUCGAGGAGUUCUACCAGGUUCCGCUCGUACAAGAUGUCGCAUGGCUGUGGGCACAGCUGUUUUCCACAAAUCUCGACGCUGUCCGUGACUACACGCGCAGUGAAGUUGUCAGGAGAAACAUAGGCGAGGAGCUGAACUCUGAGGCCCCCGAGGAGGAAGCCCUGAUCGCGAAGUGGCUGCAUCUCGCCCUCACUUUCCGGAUCUGCCGCGCUCGCAAGCUUCCCUUUCAGCUGAUCGACCGAGCCGUUAGCUUUGUGGACCGAUGCGUCUGCGAGGAAGUUGAGGACAAAAGAAGCAGCACGACCUCGUCUAUUCCAGCAACGACUACGCACGGCAGGGAAAGAAGACUCGAAGUCUUAGUGCAACUUCUUCUCGCAAUACUGCCGUCGGUGCGCGGCAGCCACGAUAACUCGCUGGUGCUCAGUGCCGCGAUGUUGCGACUGGCCAUCCAGAAACCGCAGGUUGCGCCGCCGCUUCUGAACGCAUUAUUUUCGCACGGCUGCGGUGUGGACGCGCAGCCGGUCUGGCUCUCGCACGUCCACAUCUUGACGCAGGCACUCUUCUCGUUCCUCCACCACACCGCCGUGAAAUCCGCAGACCCCCUGCGCGACGCCCGCUCCCUGGUGCGGCUGUUCGAAAUCUUCGCACGCGGAGGGCCGAAAUUGAGUGCAGCGAGGUAUUUUUUUCUUCACGUGAUUUAAAUUUUUUUUUUGUACGACUACGUCGAUAAAAAAUCAAAAAUGAAUUAAGCAAUAGUCAACAAAGAUCAUUUGACAUGUGCCUCCAAUGGCGACGAAAGCGAUCAUAUUCUUUAAAACUCUACGGUCGUCCGGUUGAAACUUGUCUGUCACAUCGAUACACGUCAUCAAAACAGUUCCCAAAAGCGGCUGCCGAUGGGGAAGUACACGGGCUGCGUUGUUUCUCACUUUUUGAAAGCCGAGAGCAAAUGGGCGCCGACGAACGAUGCGGAUCGGUUGGAGGCACGGCGCCUCUUGCGGCAGCAGGGCCUGCACGCCCUGCUCGACGUUAUGGAGGAACAGCACCGCCAGCAGUUGUACGCCGUCCUCGACCACAAGCUGCGACCAAGGUUCAAGGAAACCUACGAAAUGUUCCGCAAGCGCUACCGUUACACGGGGAAGGUGUAAGUAGAAGAGAGCUUUGACUGCGUCCUGGGAGACGAGCCGCACGACAGACAGGAGCUUGAAGCUACUACGACCUUAGAUGUUUUUAUCAUUGCAACCAGCGAACAAAGAAAUAACAGGCGAGCGCGAAAGUUCUGAACACCGAGCUUGAAAUUGAAAACUGCAUCCGCGGGCAU